AUGGCAGCCGAAUCUUUGCCUUUCUCCUUCGGGACACUGUCCAGCUGGGAACUGGAAGCCUGGUAUGAGGACCUGCAGGAAGUGUUGUCCUCAGAUGAAAAUGGGGGUGCCUAUGUAUCACCCCCUGGAAAUGAGGAGGAAGAAUCAAAAACGUUCACCACUCUUGACCCUGCCUCUCUGGCUUGGCUGACUGAGGAACCAGGACCAGCAGAGGUCACAGGCACAUCCAAAAGCCCUUGCUCUCCAGAUUCCAGUCAGAGCUCCCUGGCUCAGGAGGAAGAGGAAGACGAAGGAAUACCCAGGAAACGGAAACGGAGUGGUCAGUCCCCAGCCCAGGCCGGAAAGCAACGCAUGAAGGAUAAAGAACAAGAGAAUGAAAGGAAGGUGGCACAGUUAGCUGAAGAGAAUGAACGGCUUAAGAAGGAAAUCGAGCGCCUGACCAGAGAAGUAGAGGUGACUCGCCGAGCUCUAAUUGACCGAAUGGUCAGUCUGCACCAAGCAUGAAC